CGAAGAAGCCAAGCAUAUUUCGAAAUAUCUAUCAACGGCUACUUCUGCAAGCUUUAUUUCAUUCAAGAGAAUUAAUAACGAAUUUGAUUUCCUUCUCUCUUUUUGAGCAAACAAAUUAUUCGCCACAAUGUCUCUCUCUACUCCGCUGACAGAAGCCCUAGGGGUAAAACAUCCAGUUAUGCUCGCUGGCAUGGACACCACAUCUGGAAGCGCAAUGGUUGCAGCAGUGUGCAAUGCUGGAGGCUUUGGCACAUUAGGUGGUGUUGCGUAUACUCCAAGAAUUCUACGGGAAAUGAUUGCGGAGACAAAAGCUCUGUUCAAAGAUCCAAACUCGCCUUUUGGCGUUGAUCUACUGCUCCCUCAGGUUGGUGGAUCUGCACGAAAGACCAAUGAGGAUUAUACAAGAGGCCAGCUCAAAGAGCUUAUUGAUGUGAUAAUCGAAGGCGGGGCGAAACUAUUUGUCUCUGCUGUGGGUGUGCCGCCGAAAUGGGUGGUCGAAAAGCUACAUGCUAAUGGUGUUCUCUACGCAAAUAUGGUAGGACAUCCCAAGCAUGUGGCGAAAGCGUGCCAGCUUGGAGCAGAUAUUAUCAUUGCGCAGGGCGGAGAAGCAGGCGGACAUACUGGCGAUAUUCCGUUCUCUAUCCUUCUACCCGCUUGCGCCAAGGAGUGCAGCCAGUAUACUUCACCCCUUCUCAAGCGUCCUGUUCUCCUUGUCGGAGCUGGUGGUGUAUCCGGCGGUCGCAGUUUGGCCGCGGCCCUGAUGCUCGGUGCCACAGGCGUCUGGGUCGGAACUCGCUUCGUUGCAGCCAAAGAGAGCAAUGCCACGAAGCGUGCGAAAGAAGAGGUUCUUAAUGCUGGCUUCGACAGUGUUGUGAAGAGCCUGAUCUGGUCCGGAAGGCCGCUGAGAGCGAGCAGAAAUGCGUAUGUGGACGACUGGGAGAAUAACCGCGCCCAAGAGAUCAAAGAUCUGACAAGCCGCGGAAUCGUACCUCUGCAUCACGAAUUGGAUAAAUUGCACGCGGAAGGGAAGUUGACCGAGGAAAUCGAAGAUGAGGCGAAACUAAGACCCAUGGGUAUUGUUGCUGGCUUGGUUACGAAGCGAGAUCAGCCUGCAGGCGACAUCGUGCGUGAGAUUGUUCAAGAGGCCUACGAAGUGCUUAACUCUGCCCAGAGCUAUCUGAGGCCAGGCACAAAAUUAUAGAGUUCGACGGCGACGGGUACUGGAAAACGGAGUUUGUAAGAUACGCAUGAGCUAAUCUUGCUCACGGAAGCUCAAAAUAAGCCUCC